AUGCUCUUCACAUCGAAGACGCUCGCCGCGCUCGCUGCCGCCGCAGUCGCAGGCGUGCGCGCCCAAGGCGCGUACUACUGCACCGACAUCAACUGGGGCGGCAACUGCCAGUACACGCCCGACUACGGCGUGUGCGUCACCUUCGGCGGGAGCGACUGGAACGACCAGGUCUCGAGCUUCGGGCCCGACCAGGGGCUGGAGUGCUACCUGUACACGGAUUGGGGAUGCACGGGGGACGUGCUGCCGCUCGAGUAUCCCGGCGCGGCGGACUUGAGGCAGUAUAGCUUCAACGACGCCGUGUCGUCGUUUGCGUGCGAGUAUGCGGGGCAGGGGACGACGGGGUCGUACACCAAGUACGUGACGGAGUAUUAG